AUGUAUGGCUCUAAACGUGUCGCAGUGCGGGAUUUGAACCCGCAUAUCCUCUGUGCUCUUUGUGGGGGCUAUUUGAUUCAAGCCACUACAGUCAUAGAGUGUUUGCAUUCAUUUUGCCGGUCCUGUAUUGUGAACUUCUUGGAAACCAGCAAAGUUUGUCCCAUCUGUGAUGCCCAGAUUCACAAGACAAGACCCCUGCUUAACAUCCGACCUGACCAGACGUUGCAGAGUCUGGUGUACAAGCUUGUGCCCGGCCUUUUUCAAGAUGAAAUGCGGAAGCGCAGGGAGUUUCAUGCCACAUUGCCAGAGAGUGACCUUGAAGACCUAAGCCUUGAAGAGCGAGGGGAAGCUAGUCUGGAGAAGGAGUUCAAGCCAGGGGAUGAUCACGUCAGUUUGGUUCUACAGCUAGCGUUCAG